UUCCAGCACUUUGUGGGUGUUUAUUUAUAGCAUGCAAAGAUAACAUAAUGGUAUUGCACACAAUAUAAUAAAACUGAAUUGGUUAAAAUCAAUUAAAAAAAAAAAGGUUUACCUCCCCUUAAGUGUAUAAGGAGGGGGUGGGGAUACAUUGUCAGAAAAUCCUCCCUUUAAUUUAAGUACAGAACGAAACCCGGAUGGAACCAACGCCUAGCGUAUGUACCCAGGAAGAGAAGUUGAACACAAGGCUUUGUUUGGUUGGGAUUGCGUUCCUCUGGAAGACAAGCUGCAGAUGCACUGAGGAUCCUUGCAGGAUAGAAACAUUGCCUGCCCCCCCAGACUGCAUUGAAUGAAUUGCUCUUCGUUGAUUCUGAAACCAAAGAGAGAACUGCACUUUCAAAGCAAACUAAACUGACGUUUUGCUAGAAGUCUUUUUAUGACUUAAUCCUCAUUCAGUUUACAUAUUUACACUGACUGACUGACGAAUAUUUAUCUGAAACGACUUGACUUUCUACUGUAACAGGUACAAGCUCAUCCCUCAAUCAGUUGACAGCAGGUACUGAUUUGUAUAAAUGCACAUUCACAGUAUAUACAGCUCUUAAAGUUGUUUGAGUUUCGUACCACAUCCCGAUAGACUUCUAAAGAGAUUAUUAUCCGGAGUGUGUGACUGCCCUCCUCCUGUCACAAGAUGCAGACGAUAAAGUGUGUUGUGGUGGGGGAUGGAGCGGUGGGUAAAACCUGCCUCCUCAUAUCCUACACCACAAACAAAUUUCCCUCGGAGUACGUGCCAACGGUGUUUGAUAACUAUGCAGUGACGGUGAUGAUCGGGGGGGAGCCCUACACCCUGGGGCUGUUCGACACUGCGGGUCAGGAGGAUUAUGACCGGCUGCGUCCCCUCAGCUACCCUCAGACUGACGUCUUCCUGGUCUGCUUCUCUGUCGUCUCACCCUCUUCCUUCGAGAACGUCCGAGAGAAGUGGAUUCCCGAGAUCUCUCAUCACUGCCCCCGCACUCCCUUCCUGCUAGUGGGCACGCAGGUUGACCUUCGCGACGACCCCAACACUGUGGAGAAGCUGGCAAAGAACAAGCAGAGACCUCUUGCACCCGAGACCGCCGAGAAGCUAGCGCGGGACCUGAGGGCCGUCAAGUAUGUGGAGUGCUCUGCCCUCACACAGCGUGGUUUAAAGAAUGUUUUUGAUGAGGCGAUUCUUGCUGCGCUGGAGCCUCCUGAGAUCAAGCAGAAGAGAAAGUGCAGCCUGUUGUGAUCAAGGGAAGAGGAGGAGGAGGAGGAGGA